AUUAUGAUUGGUCAAUCACGAGAAGAGAAUUUUUUGUCCACUUUUGAGAAAAGCUUAAUUUUGUGUAAACGAGCUCAAUCUACUUAAUUCAAACUUUUCAUGUGACAUGCAUAUGAAAAACCCAUAUGAAAAUUAUUUAAACCUAAAUUAGCGAUUUUCUGUCUCUAAAUCAAUCAUUGACUAAAAAAAAAAGAAAAAAAAUUAACCUAGCCACGUAGGAGAGAAAUGAACAGAAUAGAUCAUCUGUGUGUAUAGUGCUUUAAUUAAAAUCGAAUAUUUACAUUUAAAAAAUGAAUAAAGAAAGAAUAAUAAAUCAAUGUUUUGAUUUUUAAUGUGUGUGUGACAGUGUAAAUACAACGCAAUGUCAGAUAAAACGGUAUUUGUUACGGUUGGUACAACAAAAUUCGAUAAUCUGAUAACUACCGUACUAAGUCGCGAAGUUUUGGAGGCCCUGUCGGCGCGUAAUUACAGACAUCUAAUUUUGCAAAUUGGCAAUAGUAACUUAGAACCGGAUUGCACCGCACGUUAUGGUUUCGAUAAAAUAGAAACUUUUAAAUUAAGUCCGUCCAUUGGAAAGUACAUGCAAUCAGCAGAUCUUGUGAUAAGCCACGCAGGUGCAGGAAGCGUAUUGGAAGCUUUGGAAAAACGUAAACAUUUAAUUGUAGUGAUCAAUGAUCUUCUCAUGGAUAAUCAUCAAAUAGAGUUAGCUGAGCAGUUAUACAAGGACGAGUAUUUAUAUUACUGUACUUGUCAAAACUUAUUGUAUAUUGUACAAACAAUGGACUUCACAAAAUUGAAACCAUUUAUUAAUGACAAAAGUGCAGAUAUUGCUAAUUUUAUUGAUAAAAUAAUGGGAUUUAGAUGAUGAAAUAGUUUCAUCUUCCAUAGAACAUAUGGUGGAAGAUUGACUGUUUUUUAAUUUCAUAAAAGUCAAGUAGCUGUGGGAACAAACAGCAAUAUUUAUAUAUAUAUUUCAAUCUUUAACAUGUUUUACAGUAAGGAUACAUGAUCCAUAGAGUUCAGAUUUAUUACUAUCAUAAGUGUAAUAUAUUACGCUUAAUAUAAUUUACAAUAAUAAUACAUUGUGUACUUAAACAACCAUUCUUCAAAAAAACUAUGUUUAAAUAGCAUAGAAAAAUUUAUAACUUUGCGUUAGUUGAAAUUGUGAUAAGUCAAUGGCAGUUCAACGUUCCCUUGGAUAAUUUGUAAAUUAUUCUCGAUAAAUAUCUGCCACUACUGAAGCAAUGGCUAAUGUAAAUGUAUUAUAAACAAUUAUAU